AUGAUUAGCAAAGAAAUUCAAGAAGGACAGAAUGCUAUAGAUCAUGUGUUAGAGGCAAUAGCAUGUUAUUUUUUAGCAUUUAUAACUUAUUAUUUUAUUGUUCAUAGAAUUGUGGAUUUACAAAAUUGUAGAGAACAUUCUAAGACAACAAAUGGUGAAGAAAUAACGGCUGAUUUUGCAUUAAUAAUAGAAAAACAAAUGAAAAACAUGUAUCCUGAUUCAAAAAUUAUUGUUUAUGGUUAUCCAAAAGCAGCUGAAGCCAAAGGAUUAUCAAAAUUGUUAUCAAUAAAUCAAAAAAAUUUAGAUGCCAAAAAAAAAGCUAUUAAAUUAAUUUGA